UGGCAAUACACAUACUUCGAUGGCGCUCGAAUUGGCGACGGUGAAGCCUGGGGACGGAACCAACUUCCCCAAGGACGGCGACACCGUACGCGUGCAUUACCUGGGCAAGUUGGCCGAUGGAAUGCUAUUUGACUCGAGUCGCGAGCGGGGCCGGACGUUUGAAUUCAAGGUAGGCGUUGGCCAAGUGAUUCGUGGCUGGGAUGAAGGUAUCAAAAAGGUAGUUCGGUGGACGUUGUCACAGGUAAUGUGUCAAGCCAAUCAUGGGUCUAGAUGAGCAAGGGUCAAAUCGCCAGGCUCGAGCUGCCCCCAUCGUAUGGCUACGGCGAACACGGGUACCCCCCCAUCAUUCCCCCGCACGCGACCUUGUAUUACGAGAUCGAACUCCUUACAUUUUGUAACACUACAUAAACAGCAGCACGUUCAAUAGUGG